AUGUCCGAUGUUCCGCCAGACGAGAUCCGUGCGGUCAUCGAGAAGACGGCCGGGUUCGUUGUGCGCAACGGCGAGUCGUUCGAGCAGAGGCUGCUGACGAAGGAGGCCAACAACCCCAAAUUCGCUUUCCUCAGAAAGGACGAUGUGCACCACCAGUACUACCAGAAAUGCAUACGGGAUCUGCGGAGCGGCGAGGCCAAACAGCCGCAGAAAGAGGCUCCUGAGGUACCGGAGUUGCGCUUUAUCGUAUCGCCCGGCAAGGUUUCUGCCCUGGAUGUGGACAUGAUCAAGCUUGCGGCGCAGUAUGUGGCUCUGAACGGCGACGAGUCGAUUGAGGUGCUAAAGGAGCACGUUUCCCAUGACAAGAAACAGUCUAUCCAGUUUGAGUUUCUGAACGCGUCGCACUCGCUGCACGGGCUUUUUGAGAAGUAUUUGGAGUCCUACAAGCUGAUAUUAACAGAAAAGGAGAAAAUACAGCACGAUGUGGAAAAUUACGACCAGACAGAAUUUUUGCACCGCUGCUACGUGCGCGCCCAGCAGAUGGCCAAGGCCGAGGAGGAACAGACCAAGGAGAAGCAGCGGCUGGAGAAGGAGCAGAUGGAAUUCGCGUCGAUCGACUGGCAGGACUUUGUCGUGGUGGAGACCAUCGAAUUCACAGAGGUCGACGAGGUGGCACAGCUGGCGCCGCCGCUCGACCGGGGAGAACUGGAGUACCGCUCUUUGCUGGAGAAGGGAGAGGAGGCAUUUUCUGAGGAGGAAGAAGGAGAGAGCGCGGAGAACGAAGAGGACGAGGAAGUGCCUGUGUACGAGGAGCAGAAGGAGGCCGUGGAACCGCCAAAGGCACGUCCGGGCAUGAAAAUCCGGUCCGCGGGCGAGUCGCGGCUCAAGAGGAAGCACGAGGACCAGAAGUUUGCGGAAAAGACGAAGAACGGCGAACGACAGGUCGUUUGUCCGUUGACCGGACAGCUGAUUCCAGAAAGCAAGUUUGGCCAGCAUCUGGCCAUUCUGUUGCGGGACCCAAAGUACAAGGAGGAAAAACAGCGGUACGAGGCCAAGAUGAAGUACGGCGACGGGCUGAGCACGGACGAAAUAUACGACAACAUCAAACGGCUCGCGGAGAUCGACAAACGACAAAAGACACAGUGA